UGGCCAGAUACAUGAGGCCUCCAAACACGUCUUUGUUUGUGCGGAACAUCUCCGAUGAUUCCAGAAAAUGUAAAAGCAUCCAGUUGUGGAACCGGCCACACAGAGUAACAAAGACCCGUGUAGAGUAGCUGUAAAGCCGUGUCACACAGAGGCCUUCAGGAUCAGAGGGAGGGAAAAGGUUGAAAAAAGAAAGUAAAGCAUGAAGAGGAAAAGGGAACGGAGACAAAGCUUGGAUAUGGCGACAAAGAAUGGGCAAAAGAAAAGAGGUUUAAAAGUCAAGCAGGACACCCGAGUCUCUCUGGGAGUCGAUUAAAGAGUGUAAAGGUCAAGAUGAAGUUCAAAAUCAAGCAAAGCAUAUUUGAGGAUGUGCGUGAUGCAGAGGAUGCUCUUCAUAGUCUGGACAGGAAGUGGGUUUGUGGCCGGCAGAUUGAAAUCCAGUUCGCCCAGGGCGACAGAAAGACACCAAAUCAGAUGAAGACAAAGGAGAGGCAUUCUCCGAGCAGAUCGUCCCGAUACGACGACUACGACCGAGAUGGCCGGCGCAGACGCUCGCGCAGCCGCAGCCACGACAGAUACAGAUCACGCAGUCAGUCAUACGACCGCCGUCGGAGGCGAUCUGAAAGUCCACGAGUGACUCUCGUGGUCGCGUGUAUGCAAGAGGAAGGAGCAGGAGUCGUGAGGAUGAAAGAUACAGACACAGACCUCGGAGAGAGUCCAGGGGCAGAUCUCGAUCACACUCCAGAUCUGCGUCGCCUCAAGAACCCGUCAACCCAGCUUCCACUUCCCAUUACACCGAGGAGGAAGUGCGACGCAAGCACUCCCCGUCCCGCUCCAGAUCCCGGUCGGCUUCAAGAUCACGUUCUCGUUCACGCUCUCGGUCCUGGGCUGGGCGCAAGUCAGGCGGGCGCUAGGAAGUAUCCGCCCCCCUCCCCACCUACCACCUCCCCACUAACCUUCCUUCUGUCAGAUGGACCGGAGUCGGUCAUUUGUCAAGAAAAUUCACGUUUGUUUGACAUGAAUGUAACGUCCACUGAACCGUGUGUAGAGAGGUUGUCUUUUGCGGCUCCAUUUUUGAGAACAAUGCUGGUCCUUUUGCUUGUUUUUAUAAGAUUUAUUUUGGUAACAUUUCCUGAUAGGAACGUGAUUCAGUCGGAGGUUUUUAUGUUCAGUGAUAGUCAGCCAGGAAUAAUCUGUUGUCGUUUUUAUAUACACUUUCUGAUCAUAUUGUCGCCUAAACCGUAUAUCCCCUUUUUUCUGCAAACAACAAAGAAGCUCAUUAAGUAUUUUAAAAGAACGCCAGUCUUUCAGUGAAUCAGAACAGUGUUUCAGUAUUUUUAGCACAUUAUAACAAGUUAACCUACUUUUUACAGAUGGAUCGGUUUCUUCAGUUUUUGUUUUUUAACUCUUCCGUGCAGCUACAGACAUCUGUUAAUUUGACAUUGUUGCUUAUUUAUAGGGCGUGAUAUGCACUGUGAUGAAUUAAAACCUCAAGUCAUAUAAAGUUAUUCUUAAUUGACCUCUAACUGCCUUGAAGUAAUGAAAAACAAAAACUGAAAAAGGUGUUUUUUGCAAUUGAAGGACACUAAAUGCACAAAAAUUCUCCCAACAACCCUUUUUAAGUGUUAAAAAUGUUGUCUGGCAGAAACUGAAAUGUUUGUCAACCUCCUAAUUUUGUGAUGUUUUCUUUACGUUUGCGCCCGUUCAAAGAACCGGUUCUAAUUGGAGGAGGGGGAGUUUGUCGUUGGUGCCGACUGUUAAUGUUUUUUUCCCCCGUCUGGAUGGUUCUUGUCGCAGCAUGUUUUAUCCUCCUAUCAUUAGUAGAAAGAAACUGUUAUUUUGAGUAAUAAAUGAAAAACAUUCAAUAUAAAAAAAAAAAACAGUGUGUGAUUUUACUUCAUAAACUGACCAAAGCUCUAUUGAUACAGCGUAGGAUCAAAUUUGACACAUACAGGUUAAAAGACCCCAAAUAAAAUUCUGUUAGCCUGCAAUCUGAUUAUUUUUUAGUGGACAAACUUAUUAAAGUUUAUUAAACUUAUUAAAAGAGAUUACAGUAAAAAUGACUGAAAGUUGCCCAAAAAUUUGAUGUUUAAAAAAGUACUUCUGAAAGUGUGCCUUUUAGUAAAAGUUGUAAUUGGGCAACUGCUGUCAAAAUAAGAAAACCAUAUAAAAUUUCAUCAAACGACCCACUGCAAUGUCAUCAUUUGACAUUCAAUGAUUCACACUUUGUUUUAAAUUUUUUUAACGUUGACACAUUUUUGACAAGAAUACAGCUUAGAAAUCGAUGUCCACCUCACAUUUCAUGACUAAGUAAAUUUGCAAAUUUUGUACCUUUUUAAAAAUGUAUAACAACCACUAAAGUCACCAAAAAUUCACUGAAAUCAAACAAUUUCCCUCAAAUCUUGCUUGGGCAGGUCGUUUGACACGUCAUGACAUCUCUUCUAUUUGCUAAAACUUGAUUACUUGUGUAUAUACAUUUACAAAAUUUAAAAUGUGUACUUUUUACGUUAGUCCAAUAAAACAUCCACAAUUUGCUUUUCAUGCUUUUGUUAGCCUGAAAUUUCAAGAUACCUCACAUUUUUGUACAUUAGAGCUUAGGCAGGUCAAAUUUGACUUGUCCUGGUGAAAUCCCUUCUAUUAGCUAAAAUUUGAUAACUUUUUCACAAAUGCAUUCAUGAAAUUUAAAAUGUGUACGAUUGAAAUUUUUUUUUUUUCAUCAAAGCUCUUCUGGGUCUAAUUUGACAGCAGUAAAACACCCUAAAUGUCCAUUUGUUAGCCUGAAAUGUCCCGACCAAAAAAUUCUUAAAUUAGUGCCACAAAUGUUUGUACAUUGACGUUGUUCUGGCUCAAAUUUGGCUUAAAUUCUCAUUUAAAAAGAUUUUAGAUCCAACACGUGGUGGUUUCAUGGGAAUUUUGGACCUUCAGAAUAUCAGCAUUAAAGGGUCAAAAGGACAGACUGAGUGAUUUUCCUGGUGCUUCACUCAGUGUUACAGUAUGAGCAGACUCACAGUUUGCAUGUCAAACAGACCAGCACGCUCUCAGUCGACCUGCCUCGUCCAUUGAUUUCCUUUUAAUGGAACAGUAGCUGCGAGGAAUAACUGAGAUUAGACUCGGGGUGAAGGUGCAUCCAUGUAUAAAAAUCGGACGUGUCACAUUGAUCAGAUGGAUGCCCCAUAUGAAAUUUGGAUGGCGACAUUUUUUUUACAUAAAACAUUGCAUUGAUAUAAAAAAAACAUAAGAAUUAUGAUUGUGUUUUGGAGUAGAAACAUUAAAAAUGAUGAUACGCUCACAUUGUUUUUCUCUAGCAUCAUCAGUACUUGAUGUAAAAUGAACCAGACCAUAAACUCAAAAUAUGAAUCCCACAAAGAUGUGUGUUCCACCAACUAAAGUUUGUAAAGUGUGUAAAACUUAAAAAGAACUUAAGUAGCAUGAACUCAACAGAUGUUGGGUAUGUCCACUGUGGGCUACUGUAGAAACAUGGUGGUCCAAAAUGGCCACUGAUAUAUUUAAAGGCUUGUUAUACGUAACGGUAACGGACAAAAACAAGAAUUUAUACAUUUGUACACAAAAUAAAGCAUUGCUAUUUUAUAUUAAAUCUCUGCCAAAUUAUAUAUAAGUUGACUAAAAAUUGUUAUACACUGGACCUUUAAACUUUUAAACCAUCAAAAAAGUGUGGGGUCCUUUAGGUUCAACCAGGAAUAAACAACAAAUGAUUGAAUGCAUUAGUUUCCGUUUCACCUCUAAUGACUGUGGCAGCUCUGCUCACUCACUCUGUUCAAACUGCUGCGAGGCAACGCAGCGUUUCCACUGUAUCGACGUGUGUGCUGUGUCUCUGGCUAUAAGUUGUGAACAACCAGAGGCUGGGGGGAUUCUUUGUGUUUGUCCGGUUUUCGGCAGAGACUGAAAAUCUCUGCCACUGUGAACAUUUUUACCCCCCUUUUUUUUCCACAAAAGGAAAAAUGAUACAUUUGUUUUUUGUGGGACUGACCUGAACGGCAUCGGCGCCAAAAAUGCCUUUACUGUUUCAUCUCAUAUCCGAAAUAAAAGGUGAGUUGACUCAUUUGAAAAUGAA